CUCCUGCGGCAAGGCACGAGUCAGACGGAACUCGAUAAGAUCGCCUCGUACUACUUCGACGGCCAGGGCAAAGCGCUGCGUCCAAUGGUUACCAUGCUGAUGGCCAGAGCGAUCAACUACCAUUUGAAUAAGGAAUCAAGGUUACAAUGGCUGGCGAUUAUGUACUUGCCAUAGCUUCGAUUAUGAUUGCCCGUCUGAAGAGCGAUGAUGUGACGAUUAUUCUAAGUCAGAUUUUAACCGAUCUGGUUCAAGGCGAAUUCAUGCAACUUGGCUCAAAGGAAACUGAAAAUGAACGAUUCGCUCACUAUUUAACCAAGACAUACAGGAAGACGGCCUCGCUCAUAGCGAACGCGCUGAAAGCGACGGCUAUAAUCGCUGAAGCAGAUGAAAACAUCGCCGAAUUGGCAUUCCAAUAUGGACGUAAUGUGGGCUUAGCGUUUCAACUGGUCGACGAUAUGCUGGACUUUGUCUCAACCGCCGAAACAAUGGGUAAACCAACAGCUGCCGAUUUGAAAUUGGGCCUAGCCACAGCGCCGGUGCUCUUUGCAUGCGAAAAGUAUCCCGAACUUAAUCCGAUGAUAAUGCGUCGUUUCAGUGAACCUGGCGAUGUUGAACGUGCCUUCGAACUAGUCCACAAAUCGCACGGACUCGAACAGACGCGCUUCUUGGCCAAGAAGCACUGCAUCGAAGCGAUACGAUUGGCGCAGGAGCUGACCGAGUCGCCAUAUCAGAAGGGUCUGCAAGUGGUCGCGGAUUUAGUCAUUAAUCGUAUGAAAUAAUAGCUUAAGUUACGGGUGCAGGGGGCUGCUGGUGCAACACAUAAUAGUGCAACAUAACACCAGAACAAAAGCAAAACAAAAUACACAAAUCAAAAAAAAACUCUUGCAAAUGUUAAAUAAUUUAAAUAUACACACUUAUAUACAUUUUUAUAAAUAUACACACACAUAAUAUAUAAUUUGUAAUUAUAUAAACAUAAUUAUAAAACGAUAAACCAAGUCCAAAAUUAAUUAUGAAUAGAUUUUAUAUGCAAAUGUGCAGAAAUGAAAAAAAUUAAAUUAAAAAAAAAAGCAAAAAAGGUAAAAAACUGUAAAAUACACAAAUUAAGUAAAUAAUAAAUAUUGUUGUCAAAGCACAGAAGCGCGAAAAAAUGAAAAAAUAAAAAUAAAAUAAACUGUAAGCGUGUUAUAUAAGAUAACUGUGUAUAUUGCAGUGAUAACUGCAGACCAAACUACAGUUAACAACCAAGCGUAGCAAAAACUAUGCGUUUACUGUUUUUUGUUUUGCUUAUCUUGUGUAAAGCAUAUAUAUAGUUUAAACAUACAGAAAUAUUAUUUUAAUAAUUUUAUGCAUUAGUAUGUAAGUCUUGUUGACAUUGUAAAUAAUUUAUGGUAAUGUAAAGAGGAGAUCGAAAAACAGAAAAAAUACAAAUAAAUAUAUAUACAUUUAAAAAAUAUAUAUAUACGCAGGAAAUAAGUUAAACCAAACCGAAAAUAUUUAAUGUGUAUAUAACUAAAUACAUAGCAAUGUUUAUAUAUUAUAUGCGAAAAAAAAACAAAACAAAACAAAACAACAAAAACAAAAAACAGCAACUGACAUACUUAAAAAGCCAGCAAAUAAACAAGCAAACAAACAAAACGGGAGAAAGGUUGGUUAAAGUUAAUUUAGUUUGUAUAAAAAACAGCAAAAACAAAAAGAAAAUAAACAAUUAUAUAUAUAUAUAAAGUAGACAAGAAAUAACUGUUUAUACGCAUGUAUAUACAUAACUAUUGUACAAAUGGGACAGUUGACGCGGUAUACUUAAAAAGUAUAAUUAUGGAAGCAAAUAUGACGAAUGUGUUCUUCAAAUAUUAAAAAACCUUACAAAAGAUGAUUGAAGAGGAAUUUUGAUAAAUUUUUACAUCUAUAUAUAGCGGUAAAGAACUAUGUAUAUAGCGUAUAACAAAUUUUAUGAUUUCUAAAAGCGAAAAAUCUUUCUUUGUUAGCUGUUUAGAGCACUUAUUCCAAGUGAACGGUGAAAUGAUUGAAUAUUUGAGUUAAAUUUCAACUAAAUCAAUAAUAAAAAUCAAUAAUUAAGCGUUUGUGCGCACUAAAAAUGUUUUUUGAAAAUAUAUACGAAUACUCACAAUAAAGGGCACAAUAGACUAUAGGUCGCGGUGCAUACCUCAUUUCUUUCUACUCACAAGAAAAAAAUUGGUGGAAGUGAGAGAUUUAGAAAAGGGCCCACAUGGAAAGAGAAACCGAAGAUACAAAAUUAAAAAAGAAAAAAAGAAAAAAAAAUAAAAAUUAUGCAAAAUUUUGUAUAAAAGUAAUAAUAACUAUUUAAUAAAAUAUUAAAUUUAGACAAAAGGCAGGUUAGCUCUCCAUCUUUCCAAUUGGAUAAUGUACAGCUAUUAUUCGACGUGCGCACAUAACUGUAAUUUAGUCAAAAAUAUAAUUUGUAUUUUAUAUUAUUUCAAUUAAAUUGAUUAAAUAUUAUUUCAAAUAUUAUUUUAAAUAUUGUUUUGUUAUGUAAUAUAUAUUUUGAAAAUCUUACAAAUCGCAUGUCUACUUAUAUAAAAUUGUAUUUCAUUUAAAAAACUUUACAAUUGCGAGUACAUAUAUACAAGCACGUGACAUAUAUUUACAAAAAACAUUAAGAUAUCUAAAUAUAUGCUUGUAUGUGCGCAUGAAAAAUGCAUAAUAUAAAUAGUUGUUUUUUACAAAAUAAAUCAAUGAGAAAUGUACGAAUUGUUAUGCUGACUAAAGAAUAAUAAAAUGUUUUUAAAACCAAAA